CGUACUGGCAAGAGAACGUGCUUGUGUCGUAAAACAUUUUUUCGCUCUGUUAGGUCAACAUCUCAGCUGUAACUUACAUUUUCUGGAUUAUACAACGGAUGACACAUAUUUGGUGAAACUGGUAGCUUUGAAGUUGAAGCAUGGAAACCCAUCUGUCAAAGUUGAGUAUACUUAUAUUUCCUUUUCUUUUUAUUGACAUGCUUUAAGAUAAUAAUCAUAUGAUAAAUGCACUUUAGUUCCUUUAAUUAUUUCUAAACACCAUAAAGUCUUAGUCAGUUAAUGCUUGAAUUUCAUAUUUUCAUUAAUAUCUAAUGAGAUGCUGCUAAUUAACAUAACAGAAUCAACAUCAUAAUGUUAACAACAAAAUGUACUUUUGGUUUUCCUUCUCAGCUCAUUGACUGGAAAAGUUUGUUAAUAAAAAAAAAAAAAAAAAAAAAUUAAACUCAUGUAUACAUCUGUAUUUCUUUGUGGAGAAUUGUAAUACAUGAGGCAGUAUACAUUUUCUUGUAGCAAUGACAUAUAUAUGUAUUUCACAAGUUUUCACUAGUCCAUAAACACCAUUAACAGUUCCAAACAGUUCCAAGACAGAAGCUGAGACACUGAUGACCAUUUACCUUUCCAGAGUGCCCCUUUCACACAUAAUCAUCCACUUCAUUAGAGAACAAGAAGAAAUACUCUUCAGCAAAAAAUAAUGACCCAAGGCCCCUAGCUACAAAAGCAUACCCUCACUCUUUAAUGCUAGCAACACAGAAGAGGCAACACGAUCUGUAAAACAAAUUGAAAUAAUAUGGGAAAUCAUCCAGGAAAGAACCUCUCUCAUCUCAUUCUGUGACAUCUACGCCUUGUCCUUCUCCUGCUCCAAGCAAGAAGAGAAAAGGUUUACUAAAGAGGGACUUGCAGACCUGAGGAGAAGGCGAGAAGAGCUCCAUCAACUGAAAUUAGACGCAUCAAGUAAAGAAAUGAGCACACAAGAGGAAGGGCUUUGUUGCUGUGCAGGAAGCAGCACAAACUGUGGCGGAUGCAGGACCUUUAUGGGGUCUUUGGCUGACUUAAUUGCUCAAUCCAAAACAGCUGUUGUUAGCUUGGACUUUCAACUUUUUGUGAUUGAGUGACAAGUUUAAAAAAGAUUGCAGGCUUUGACGUGAGAGUAAUGGGGCUCCUCUCCUGCAUGCCAGGAUUUAGGAGGAGCUAGUGUACAAAUUACAAAUAUAAUUCAAGUGUCGAAGUUGAAGAUCCUUUUUGACCACUUCCUAGGGUCAGUGACGCAAAAUUGCUUCAGAUUCAAUGCUGGGAGACGGUUCAAACACAGGAGAUAUGAGUAACGAGAAAAAGAAAAACAAAAACUUUUGAAAAAUGAAACCUUGCAGCAAAGAAGAGGAAACGCAAUCAACAAAGGAAUAAACAAACAUAGUUUUGAAAGUAGAAGUGGGAAGGACUCCUGUCAUCCGAAAACUGUUGGUACUUAAGAAAAAUAGAAUUAAGAGUGAAAAUACUAGAAUAAAACGUUCUUCUUUGGUUCAUAACACUACUGUUUUGGUUUGUAUUUAACAAACAAACCACCCCUCAUCAUGAAUGACGAGAGACCGUUCGAGUGCACGUAUUGCGGGAAGAGGUUCCGGUGGAAACAGAACAUGAAACAGCACCAGAGGAACCACACGGGAGAUAAGCCGUUCCAGUGUUCGUACUGCAGCAAGAGGUUCGACUGGAAGCACAACUUAACGACCCACCUGAGAGUCCACACAGGUGAAAGGCCGUUCAAGUGCACUAUCUGCGAUAAACAGUUCACCCAAAAAGGUCAUCUGAAAGAGCAUGCUAGGACUCAUAACGGCGAGAAGCCUUUCGAAUGCGCGGAAUGUCAGAAAAGGUUCACUGCGAAGUCUUCUUUGAAAAAACAUGCGUGCAUGAGAAAGCCAGCCAAGCGUGAAGUAGCAGUGCCACCGUUUUUGUGUUCUAUUUGUGGUGCAGAAUUUGAAUCGAAGCGAGAUCUGAAAAUCCACAAAAAGUCUCAUGGAGACAAGAAACUAUUCAAGUGUUCACACUGUAACAAAGAAAUGGCACAGAAAUCCCACUUAGAACAACAUAUGAGAAUUCAUACUGGAGAAAGACCCUUCCAGUGUUCCUAUUGUACUAAGAGAUUUGUGCAGAGCAGUGCUUUGUAUCAGCAUGAAAGAUUUCAUAGAAACGAGAGACCUUACACAUGUUCACACUGUGAGAAAAAAUUUAGUCAGAAAGGUCACCUGAGACUGCACGUGAGAAUUCACACAGGUGAAAGACCAUACCCGUGCAUAUAUUGUGAAAAAAGGUUCUUCGCAAGUUCUGACCUGAAGAAGCAUGUGAGACUUCACACAGGGGAAAAGCUGUUUUCGUGUCCACAUUGCAAGAAGAAAUUCAUGUCAAAUAAGACUCUAUCCAAGCAUGUCGAAGCCCACUCAGCAGAGGAGGAAUUUGGGACUGCAGAUGUUAUAAAAGAAUCUCGAGUGAACAACUUAUCUUCCCUUCCGGGAGGACAUCCAGAGAACACCUCUUGUGCCUCGGAAAAUGAACGGAAUAUGUACAGUCUCCGACCCAGGUUACUAAAGUCUUUCGAUGAUGUAACCGGUGACAGGACCUCAGCGACCCAUCAGGAGCCAGAAGAAGCUUUCAGCAAAAAGUCUUUGCCUGAAAAAUUCAGCUUCAUCAAGUCGGAAUAUAAACCAAUCUUUGUAAAGUCAGAAGAACCAGCUAAUGAUAUCAAAUCGUAUGACAUGUAUAGGACGUGUAUAAUGGAAGAAAAAAUUAAAAUAGAGGAAAAUAUAACUGUAAAAGAAGAAAUUGUGUCAGACUGAAUGGUUAUAUGAAGGUGUUGUAUGGGGGGCUGUACGUAGAAAGAAUUUAAUUGUAACUUGCUAGAAAAUGCCUUCAAAGUUUGUGAACAUAAAAUGACCGUAACUGUUGCUAGUUACGGUUUUAAUGUAGCAUCAAUUGUGUACUUUUGAAUAUGCAAACAAACUAGUGUUUUUUUAGUGUAAAAAAAGAAAUGAAUUCCUUGAGUUUACACUUACUUCGAUUGCUGUCUAUGUUAGAGUAUAUUUUCUGGCUCUUAUUUUGUUGAAAAGUGAUAUCGUUUGUAAGUAUAAUAACGAUAAUUUGUUAUUCAUAUUAAAUUAUUAUCAAUUAUUGUCUAGAAAUGGUUAAACGGAUCAUGCUGGGCCAUGACCAUAGUGUGCUUGCUCAUGUCCAGGUACUGAUCAAGAGAGGGCCAGGGGAGACCAAGAGUAAUUUGCUGGUGGUUCCCAAACUUUUCCCUUCUGGCGCCCCCCUUGGCUUCUAGCUGGAUUCCUAGCGCCCCUAGCGGUACCACCUACUUUGGGAACCAAUGGCUUAGGCUCUUGUGAAUCACUGCAUCACCUUACCAUAAGGUAAGGUGAUGCAGAUAAGGUUACCUUACCCUCUCUCUGCCUUCACGUGAGCUGUUGGGAUGCUGGAUCUAUUCUUCGAGCAACUGCUAGAGAGCAGGAACUCGAUAUCUGUGAAGUGGUGUAGUACUUUUUUUUACAAUUAUUGUAAACCAUGCCUACAUUAUAAAAAAAAAAUCUGCGAGAAGAAGGGUCGAUUGAAUGGCUUUGGCUGGCUGACGUGCUCGACCAUUUCAGGACGCAGCCCCAAAAUGGCCUACUGAGUGUGUGUCCUUUGUAAAUUAUAUUUCAUGUGAUGCAUCCUCUUUUUUAGUAAAAUAAACACCGUUG